UAGGUACCUUAAGGUAUAGAUCGUUGUUGUGUCCGAACUAUGAACAGCCGCCUACCUACUACUCCGUACUACCUAGGCAACGGUUGGUGCUAGUUGCCUAUUCUUGUGGCGAUUUCUAUAUAGAUACCCUCCCAUUUCAGUUUACUCUCUUUCUUCUUUAUCACGAUUUGCAGAUUAUGAAUACCGUGCCGCCACCCUCCGAGUCUCACUCGGGAAUGCGUGUCCUGCGCAUUCCCAGAUCUGACCACCCUGAAUCAUCCGUGCUCCUUCGUGUUGCUAGUUCCGAUCGCAUUGCUUCCAGUCUAGACCUAGUUGCGACAGAAGGAGAGAAUCCAUUUACUCAGACGGUCCGGCGAGCCCACUUGAAGGAUUUACGUGCCAAGAAUUACCACGGCAGUGAUGAGGAAUGGGCCCAAGUUGUCUGGUAUAUCUUUGGGCAGGCCACAGAGUCUGUUGGCGACAUGAGAUCGUUCCAUGGCAUCGAAUCGUCAGCUACGAUCUGUGAGUCUCGCAGCGCACCCAAGGAGUUGGUCAUCAGCAUUCGUAAGAGAAUAGAAGGAAUCACUCAAAGGCUUGGAUCCGUGACCCUAAUGCAAGACGAUGAGCAAGAAAUCCAACUUCUCGAUUGGUGUAGUAUGGCGAUCGCUAGUUCAAAUGCCCUUGAACAACGCUGCCGUGCACUCCAGGAUCGUGCCUGCGCUGCUGAGCAUAUGAUUGAUCAGCUUAACGAUCAACUCCAGCAAUUAGUUGCCGCCAAGGAGCAACAUGAAGAACGAUUAUUGGCAAACCUUGUCCGUUUGCUAAACGAGAAGAAGCUGAAGAUUCGCAACCAACAUAGACUGCUGAAUACCGCAGAACCAGACCCCGAAACGGAUCCAUAUAUCCAGACGCCAAGCUCCCCCAAGCAUCAAGCCCGUUCCCAGCAGAAACCCCUGGGGAAGCGUCAUCCUCGCGGCCCCGAAGACAGUGGAUCAGAAGGAAAAGCUGUUUCUGAAGAAGUGGAGACGGACUCCGCUUCGGACGAGAAAAGCUCCAGAGAAAUGGACGAGGGCACAGAAGGCAGCGUCGGUGACGGGGAGUCAUCGGCCCACGAUGGCGUGGAGAAACAGCACGGCGUGAAUGCUAGGAAUUCGUCUGCUUACCUUGCCUUUAACGACGGUGCCGCGACUCCUUCACAGGUUGGCCUUCCAGCCACCGGGCUAAUGCCACCCGGAAAAGGUGCUCAAGGCAAUGCGGAAUCUGCAGGAGAGACGGACGAUGAUGAACUAUGAGUUGCCAGGUUCCCCAGUAUUACAGUUUGCCCAUACUGUCUCCGCAAAAGAAUUGAGCUUGUUCGAGAGGACGUUACAUACCCAUGCGCCGCCCUCUAUGACGAAAUGUACAUAUUGACUAAGAUUUGGCCACUAAUCAUGUCUCAUAUUUUACCAGAGGGCGGUUAGAGCACAUGGCAACGAGAUAGCGAAGACAAUAACUGACGGUAAUGAAAAAAGGAGGGGGGGAAGGUAAAAAAAAAAGAAAAUAGUAAUACUGAUAACAAGGGAAAAGGGAGGCAAAGAAAACAGGAGUAAAAAAGGGGCCGGAGAAUAGGUGUUAAAACAACAACGCCUAGACCAAUUGAUAACUAGCACAUACCAAGGGACCAGAGCCACUUGGGGGUUUCAAGAUUUAACCAUACAAAGCUUGUGGAGACAUUUCACCAGCAGCCAUAAAGUUCGUUUCUGGGUUGCCAGUAGCCUUAGCGGCGGAACAGCGAGCCAUGGUGGGCGAGCUGUGUAGUUGGUCAGCAACACGACUCAACGAGUCAACAAGUCGGGGGUGGUUCAUAC